UAUCGACCAUUAAAUUUACGAACAUAAAAUAUUUUAUGAAUUAUUGAAAAUACACAUUACAGAUGUGUGUCAAGUUUCGGAACACUUCAAUUGCUGCAAAUACAACAUAAACGCGUUUUUUUUUUUGCAAAGCUUUAUUUGUCGUUUUCUUUAUAUUUAAUUUAACGUGGUGUGAAGUACUGGCAAUCUCGUUACAAUGCCAAGUAAAAAGAAAAAAUAUAAUGCACGUUUUCCAGCUGGUCGGAUCAAGAAAAUUAUGCAGACUGACGAAGAAGUUGGAAAAGUUGCACAAGCAGUGCCAAUUAUAAUUUCUAGAACAUUAGAAUUGUUUGUGCAUUCGUUACUUACAAAGACUAUGCAAAUUACAAGUGCCAAAAAUGCUAAAACUUUGAGUCCAUCUCAUAUGAAACAAUGUAUUUUAUCAGAAAGUCGGUUUGAUUUUUUGAAAGAUCUGGUGAAGUCUUUGCCAGAUAUUUCAGGACCUGAUGAUGAAGUGCCUACACCGCCAUUGACGCCUGCUCCAAUAAAUUCAAAUAUAUCAAAUUCGUCCAUCUGUACAUCGGCAUUGCGACAUUGCGAAAUAGGACUUCAGAAGCAGCAAAUGGGAUUAACUACUGAAGUAAAUGUAGAACAUAAAAAUUUAGAGGAUAACGGAGGAACAGGAAUGUAUAAUUUAGGCGCUGUUAACGAAACAGUUAUAAAUGCAUCUGUCUCUCAAGUUCCAGAAUUUCAAAUAUCCGUGCCUACGGCAUUUCAAAUUAGUCAACCAAACUUUUAUACAGAAGUUAAUCCUAUGAAUUUAAGUACAAACACAUCUGGUGUAAAUACAAGUAAUCAACCAACAUCAAACUUUGCUCAUACUGCCAAUAUUGAUGAAGAUUAUGAUAUAUAG